CGAGCAUCGCGGCGGGACUUUUAGUGUAAAAGUUGGGCAAAACCGACCGGACUGCGACUUCACAGCAAAGCGUCAACCUUGGCCAAUUUCCACACACACUGACGAGAAGAGAUGGUUCCGGAGAAGACACAGUACUUCAUCCCCAGCUCGCCCAACUUGGAUCAGAGCAUAUUCAAAGGAUCCAUCUUGAUCUUGCCGGUGGUCUCACUCGCUAAUGUGCCUCAGUUGGCGAUCGAUUUGAUGAUACAUAGUACACAACUCGGCCCUAUCCAAAAGGUCGGCAUCCUCGAUCCUCAAGACCACAUCCCCGUCAUCGGCGCAAUCGAUCAUCUAUCUGACCUUCCCCAGUCUCAAGAUAUUCGCAACCAAGUAACAACCCCGAUCCAAGUCUAUCAGAGCCCAGACAAGCUGUAUACAUUUGUCCAGCAACGGUCACCGGUGAUUAAGGCACGAAAAGAUUUGCAUGUUUCCAAGAUGAAGGCAUGGAUCUCAACGGCCGGGUUUGCAUCAGUUCUCAUGCUCGUUUCGGUCGACGCAGCGGCUCGCUCAGAUUCCCACCUACGACACCCCUCGGCAUUCUUUCAUUACAUCCGGGCCAACCAGCCGGAUCCGCCCACCGCACUGCGCCAAAUCAUCCAGACGAGAUACGCCAGUUUCUUACCGCAAGAUGCUCCGGGCUUGCCUAUCUUUUGUGCAGGCGGCUUGGCCGCUAGAUUGCUCGCGGCUCUGACGUCGUCCUCUCCCGAUACUGGCUCCGUGGAGAUUAAUACGCUUGUUGCUUACGUCGCCGAAGGUGACAACCGUCUUGAUGCAAAGGCCUUCGCUUGCGAAGUUGUCUCUAUCUUCAAUCACAUUCGAUCAGGCCAAUCAGACUUGCAGGCCUUUUGUCCCGAUAGCUUGCAUGAACCUGUCAGUUGGAAGGCCUCUGAUUCAUAUCAAGACAGAACACGACAAGAUAUAUACGGUUAACCCAAGCAAGCUCAUGUCAUUUCGGUUAAAUAAACAAUCAAGCUCGGCAAUACCCAAAAAAGAAUACAAAUUAGCUACCACUUUUUGGGAGCAGAUCUUUGUGCAUCAGUGGUUCUAAAUCCCAAACUUGCCAAAUUCAUGUUUAUGGGGGUAGUAGACUAGUGUAGUUGAGGUGCCGAACCAGGAGAUCUUAAUUUUAAAGUUACCUGCAGCCUUUGACAUUGUUCCUGAACAAAGUAGGACUGGGAUAAUCAUAACCCAUUGAUAAAACAGUACCUCUUUCUCUGUGUACUAGUAACACUGAUUAUUUGUUUCGCCACCCGCUCAGCAUGAUUAUGGCUAUUGUUUUAUUGUCGUGAAAGUUCAUGGUUUUUCCCAGUGCAAGCUAUUCCCAAAUGACUCCAGACCUCUGAGAUCCUCAUCUCUGUGUGCAAAGGAAAUCCAAGCUGUGUGUU